CGAUACCAACUUUACUUGGUUCGACACGUUUGGCAAAAAUACCCAUCUAGGAAGAAAGUGUAAGUUUUGUAUGAAACCUGAACAUCGUAUUUGAUAUAGAUUUACUGAUGGUAGGGUUCAAGAUGAUGCUUCCAUAUAAAAGUCGUUUGAUUUUUUUAAAAAUCGUUAAAGUAUCUUUCACCACAAUCCGUUAAACAACUCGAUACGCGAGGACGUGUUUUAAGUGAAUAUAUUGGAACUAUGAAUUUGCUAAUCCUCAUUUCUCUUACCACACUAUUCACAUGCUCUCAAGUGACAUCAAAUGAAAUUAAACCCCUCAAUGCAAAUCUAAGCAAACGACAUUUGGAGGAACUUAGUUAUAGUUUUGCAGCAACAGAUAUCGGAUCUAAAACUGGAACGCGAAUAAAAACUAUUACAGUAAUUAAAAACUUAGCCAGCAAGAAACACAAAACCCUUAAAAUCGAUCCAGAAUUACACAAGCAUGAUGAUUGGGGUUCCGCAUUCCGAGAUAAUUUUGAUAAAUUUGGCAAAAUACCAGACAUACCUGAUGUGUUCAAGAAGGAACAAAGCGGAGAAUCUGAAAUGAACACUUCUGCGGAAGAUGAAGUAAUGCAAGAGGAACCGAAAGUAGAAGUUGUAGAGGUCGCCCAACCUAAGGAAAUCCCCAUUUACGAAGAACCAGAACCAGAGCUAGAAGCGGUAACAGAACCAGAAUUAGAAUCAGAACCAGAAUCCACUGUCCCUGCUGAGGAGGAGAAAGAAGAGGAAGCAGUAGAAAGUUCGAGUGAAGAACCAGAAGUAAGAAGUCGUGUUAUUCAGAAGCUUCCUGCCGAUAUUGAGUUGAUUGAUAUCGGUCCGAUUAGCUUAAAGCAAGCUGAACAAAGCGCCAAAUCGCAGGCAUUAAGAUUUAAAAGCUAUCACCCCGAAAAGGAAGGUCUAAAAGAGUAUAGAUCUUAUCCAUCUACAAGUGAGAAUCCAGGUCAAAACUACAACAGAUUCUACAAUGGUGAUGGUUCAAAAGCUCAAUCAAUUUAUACGUCCUAUCCGAAUAUCAAAUAUACACACAUUCCAUAUACUCCGACCACAACUGCCGCAAAUCCUUAUAUUGCUCCCAAUAAGGCACCACCUCCAUAUUCAUCAUCUCAAAAUGUCCCUCCAAAUCCUUAUGUAGCUCCAAAUAAAAAACAAUCGCGGUAUAAAUUUGAAAAUAAGGCCAUUCAAAAAGUCGCUACCACGCCAGAACCUUACCUGGCGCCAUCAAUAAGGAAGAUGUACUCAACAAUAAGGCCUGUGACCUUGGCAGAAGAUCCAAGACCCACAGCCGCAACCCUCAAUAAUAAUCAAUAUCAAGGUCAACGAUUCAGAGGGGUGCGAUACUAGUGUUUAAAGCCAUACUAUUAUAAAGCAAAUAUGUACGCAAUAUUAAUAUAAUUAAUUUUAAGACAGUAUAUGUUUGAAAUGUUAUAUA